GCUGUCAAAAUUUUGACUUACAAAUUGUCAACAUAUUUUCUUCAGCGAUUUGUUAUUUUUCUACUAAAAUAAUUGGAUUAACGGUAGUUUGGUAAGAUUUCACAGUUCAUCUGCGAAAUCAUUUACUAUCAAAUAUCGUGAGUUGAUAAUAAAAGCGAUCGUUUUUCUCGUUCUGUUAAAGUGUGAACAGGCAAGUGAUACAGUGUGUAAUGUUGAUUAGCUACUCCGAGAUAGGUGAUUGUUCUGAAGGUAAUAUUGCACUAAGCUGGUAAUGACGUGUUGUUUCUGGGUCGCACGCCAGCAAAAGCAGCAACGACGACGACUACGAAUAAAAAUUACUGCGAUUCCUUAUGAGUACACUAACACCAGCCUGGAGGCAAACAGCAGACGACGAGUGCAUUUUUACUCACAAUUCGAUAACGGCAGCAGCCGAAAACCAUCAAGCCAACAUUCGACGUCGCAUCAGCUCGAGUUUGAAUACGUGGGAAAAACAAACCUGCCAGAAUUCAGACUCGCAAAGUUCUUCCGGUAAUGGAUCUGCAAACAAAACAGAGGAAACUUACACUGAAUCAACAGCGUUAACACAGUCUGCUUGUACUGAAGACGAUAGUAGUAACUUCAUACAACAGCAAAAUAAUGAGACAGCCGACGUGGAGCACGAACUACAGUUAGCGCGUGAUACUGUGCAAAAGUAUCACUACCAACGCGCUGAAAAUUCAGAUAGUACCGGCAACGUUACCGAUAGCAACAUCCUUAGCCGGAGACAUAGCCGAAUCAGUAUGAUCAUUAUCUACGGCCGGGAGGCAUUGUGUAUAUUGGCAUUAAUACUAACCACGUAUGCAUCUAUUCAGAACAGCAAGCCACGCAUUUCCAAAGCACCACCUCCAGUUCCAUUUUUCUCUAGAGGUUCUCUGGUACACGACUGGCCGUCUGGGGCCUUAGGACCUACCCAGACUCGCGUUUCCCAGUCGGAGCUAUCGUUCGUGUUCUACUACGCGCCCUGGUGUGCCGAGAGUCAGCAUGCACGAUUCGUCUACGAGCACGUCGCCCGGUUGUACUACCGAGAGGCUCACUUCGCGGCCAUUAACUGCUGGCAACCCGGAGGUGAAUGCCGUUUGCAGUACUCCAAGGUUCAGUCAUGGCCGGUACUGAUGGCUUAUCAGCCAAAUGGCUUAGCUGUUCAGUAUCAUCAGGCUUGGACCAAUGCCGCUUUAGUCAGAUUUGUGCAAUCGCUCAUCACGCCCAUUCAACGGCUGGCUGGUCCAGGUGAUCUGAUGCGUUUCAUGACGGGGAAAGAUGCGGUUGUGGUGGCAUUUUUGGAUAUGAAAGCAAACUCUAAACAGUAUAGCAGGCUUUAUCAGACUUCACUUAAAUGGUUAGAAAAAGAUCCAUUCCAAGAAGUUGCCUUUGGAGUUGUUACCGGGGAAUCGGCUAACGCGUUUGGAGUCGAGGAAACUCCAGCAGCUCGACUAUACCUCUGGAAUGAGACAAUUGAAUUCACCGGCAAUGAGUCAUGGACACAACCUGAGUUAGUGGACUGGAUCAGUAAGCAUAUCCAGGUAGUCUCCAUGUGGAUCGCUCCACCUGGAGCUACAAAAUCUGCUUCUCUGGCUCCGUAUUUCAAACACGGUCCGGUUCUUUUCUAUUUCACUCCUCGCACACUGUAUGAUGCCACAUCGCCCUCGGAUGCUUAUAUGCUUCUUCGACAGCUGGGAAUGCAGUACUAUAACUGCAAAGGUGAUAUUUGGGUAGAAGAAAUGGCGAAGCGAUACAUUGCAGAGCAACGACGCGUUAACGCCGAAACGUAUGUGCAAUUGAAGAAAAAUUGCGUGGUAAUGCUUAAAAACAAUCCUUCUCAAAGCAAAGAACAAGAUGAAGGAAGAAGGAAUGCUUGUACUGCCUCCAGUACCGUUGCGGUUUCAUUUGUGAAUGUGUUGAAUUCAUCUAAAUUUACAGAAGGUCGCCAAAAAAUUCGCUCCUUAGGGGGAGGACCUCACGGUUAUUGCGAAAUUGAACCAGUGAAGUGCGACGAAAGAUUUUACGAGUGUGGAGUUACUGAAGAGGAAGAAUCAUUAAAUUUCGAGUCGAAUGAUAAUUGUCCUCGAAAGAAGCAAAAACAUUCCAGUUUGUACGGUUCAGUGAACACUAAUUAUCCGGCGAAGAAACAAUCUAUUUCGUUGCUGGACGCAGAGCAAGACUAUCGAGGGUCACAAAUGCUGCGGAAGCUGUACUUGCGAAAACAAUGCGAGUUGCUACAACUCAGCGAAACGGACCAUGAGGAGAUUUUCUUUUCCGAACCGGCCGACCAAGGAGGCAACUACGUGGAUUUAAUUCAAGGGUUAGCCUGCAAGUUCAACAAAACACUCACCUUUCUGGGUAUGGACAGUGCCCUUUAUCAUGCAUUUGCAGAAAGAUUAGGUGUUGAUGUUUUGACUGAACCCAAUAUGUCGGUAGCAAUAAUUGUCGAUCAUGAGGACGAAUCCACGUAUCUUUUGAAAGGUGCCAUCAGCUUGGCAUCAAUGUCCAAAUUCGUGUACGAUUUCUAUAAUCGAACUUAUCCUCGAUUUUUGCGAGCGAACAAUAUUUCCUUCAAAAACACUCAUUCGUUCAAUAUGAGCGAAUUUAGAAAGGAAAAUAGGCGAAUAAUGCAGAUUAAACGUAAAGAGACACUAUCGCAAGAAAAUCGGGCGGACAAUGAACGGAAUGUGUCACAGGGAACUACUGGCAAGAAAUCUCAAGAAGCAACGAGUGGGCCACAAGCACAGAACCAACCGCAUCAUUAUAUACGGGAAAUAAACUCUCGCAAUUUUCAGCAAGCAGUGAUCAAUACAAACAAGACUGUCAUCGCCCACUUCUACUCAACUCAAUGUGCCUUCUGCAGUAUGCUGUCACAGCAUCUGCUCUCAGUGUCCCGAAUGCUACGGCAGCAGCCACGGUUGGAGUUUGUUCGAAUCGAUGGCGAUAAGAAUGAUCUGCAAUGGGAAUACAGUAUGGAUGCGUUCCCUACAUUGAUCAUAUUCCCUAAUCAAAGAAAAUCCGAGAGUCGCAUUUUUGCCCGUCACCUACAACUGACUGUACCAAACGUGUUGGGUUUUAUUCUGGCAAACCUCACCCCUCCUGAAAGGAUCCACGCCAAUUAUCUUAUUUGCGAUUCUGUGAAAUGGUCACCAUCUCGCGAUGAAUGCUUACUGGCAAUAAAGCGAGAGCUUAGCGAUAGCAUUUCUCUCAAUUUACGCCUCUACCGGAAGUCCACUAAUCGUCCGGCCCGAGCAGCUCAGGUACUACGACGGUUGCAAGCUUUACAGGAGUUCUAUCUGGCUACGCUUGGUUGUUUCAGUCAUUCCUGUGAUUUUACCCGGCUGAAAACCAACGCCGAGACAAUCCUCACCAUGUGGCAAAUGACAGUGUGAAAAUCUAGAUUGCUAGUGUCAAAGUUCGUCAAUAAAAUAAGGUCUUCUAUCAAAUUGCCACAAUGCAGUGCUUCCCCGAUUGGCGGAGAGAACAAAAUAUUUGCGUUUUAUAUAAACAAUCAUUUUUAGGUUUCCAAAAUCUGAUAACAGAUGUUCCGCUGAUAUUAAAAUUUUUCUUUUUCUGAUGGUAAAUUAAUUUUUUGUUAUUAUUUUUUUUACUUUAAUUGUUAUUUAGAUUGUUCCUAAAACAAAUUACGAGAUAAAAGUCUACUGCUUAAACGAGAUCUCGAAGUAGAUAUUUUGUACGUUACGCCAAGCAACCUUAGACAUGCUGCAAUGGUUUAAAUUUUAAUAAACAUCAAUCAUGCAAUCAGUGUUUCGAGUUGUAUAUACUAUUCAAAAUAGUAACUUAAGUCGAACGUAGGUUAAACAGCAGGUGAUUUAACGCAAUUGUUCACCAGUUAUUUGGUAAACUGUAAAAAGCAGGACAGAUAAAUAACGAACUAAUAUAUUCUAUUCUCGAAAA